AUGUCUUUCGGCAAACUAUACUAUUAUCCCAAAGCACCCAGGGCAACUAUGUGCCUGUAUGUGGCAGAAUACAACAAACUGGACGUCGAGUACGUCGAAGCGUGGCCAAUCAAGGUGGACCCAAGCAAAGGAGGCGUGGGCGCCGACUUUCUGGCCAAAUUCCCCACAGGCAAAGUCCCUGCAUUGGAGAGACCAAAUGGCUACUGCAUAUUCGAAUGCAUUGCCGUGGCUGUCUACCUUGCAAAACAAGACCCAAACACGAAAUUACUGGGAAGCACGCUAGAAGAAGAAGCAGAUAUCCUCAAAUGGGCGUCCUUUGCAAACAGCGAGCUUCUGCCUCCGAUCAUGGCUUGGAUUAACCCUGUGGUUGGGAAAGCAGCUUCUUCUCCCGAGAUUCUGGCUGCUGCAGAGAAGAACAGUGAAGCCAUGGUGCAGGUAGUCGAGAAGGCAGUCACAGGGCGUCAAUACCUUGUGGGCGACGUUUUGACCCUGGCGGAUCUGUUCGUCGUGGCCGCGAUCGCAAGAGGUUACCAGUUUGUUUUUGCAAAGAAGUGGACUCUCGCUCAUGCCGCCAUCCAUGAGUACUACAUGCGGAUUCGCAGUGACGAGGUUUACUGCAAGAUUGAUGGCAAGCCCACUGUGCUAGACGAAGUGGGCGGCAAGCCGUUGUGA